UUCCUUGUUACCGGAAUCAGACCCGAUCCACUCCAUUUAAGUUUGAUCAGAUUUUAUAUCUGAUGGGUUCUAUUUUGAUGUGGUAUGCUCUAGUUUGGGAAUUGGGACCCAAAGUAUAAACCACCUAUUGAUCGGUUGGAUGUGAAAAAAUGUCACCAUUUAUCUGAUUACCAGGCUUUUUUUUUUUUUUUUACCCAUCCCUAAUAACCAUUUUCACCAGUAAGCUGCGGAACCACAUCCUAAAAUCAGCGAAGAAAUCACUCCAAUCAGGUCAGCUAAGCAAUUACUUAUGGAAGUCUUUCAUUUGUUCAAAGUAUCUUUUCAGUUUUCUGAAAAAUUGAAUCUUCUUUGACUUGGCAGCAAUACAGAGUGACACUGACCUGCUUUAUCCAGUACACAGUUUCAGAUGGAGCCAUAUAGAUUGAAUUCUCCACACACAUCUGUAAUCAUGUUUGAGGCUCUAGGAUACCAACUUCAGUUUUCUCAGGAUCCUAAUUCCAAGCACUUGGGGACAACAGUUUGGGACGCAUCAAUGGUAUUGGUCAAAUUUUUGGAGAAAAAUUGUCGGAAAGGACGGUUUUGUCCAGCCAAAUUGAAGGGAAAGCGUGUGAUUGAGCUUGGAGCUGGCUGUGGAGUAGCUGGAUUUGGCAUGGCAUUACUUGGAUGUGAUGUUGUUUCGACAGACCAAAUAGAGGUGUUGCCAUUAUUGAUGAGAAAUUCUGAGCGUAAUACUUCUAGAGUAAUGCAGACGAUAUCUGAUCCAGAUUCAUUUGGUUCCAUAAAGGUUGCGGAGUUGAAUUGGGGUGAUGAAAAUCACAUAAAAGCUGUUGAACCACCAUUUGACUACAUCAUUGGAACAGAUGUUGUUUAUACAGAACAUCUCUUGGAACCACUUUUGCAGACAAUUCUUGCACUGUCGGGACCCAAAACAACAAUUUUGUUAGGAUAUGAAAUUCGUUCAACUAAUGUCCAUGAAAAGAUGCUUGAAAUAUGGAAGAGAAACUUUGAGGUGAAGACAGUUCCAAAAGCAAAGAUGGAUAGUGACUACCAGCAUCCAAGUAUCCAACUGUUCAUAAUGAGCUUAAAACCAUCUGGAGGGAUCUCAGAAUGUACUUCACAAGAUGAUUUGUCUGCUCAAAAGAUGAAGUUGGCUGGAUACAAAGAACUCCAACAUGAAUCAGAUGAAGAAGAAGAUGAUAAUAAUAGUUUCAAGGUGGAUGAUUUGCAAGGCAAUGAAGGCGUAGGGGAUGAAAAGCUAAUCGCUGAUCUGGAAAAUAGAAAGCUCAGUGAAUGGGAAACACGCAGAUAUGGUGCUGUAGCUGCUCGGCUUCUACGUGAUAUCAAGAUCACAUAAAUUAGUGGAGCUAUCUUAUCAUCAGAAGCACUGGGGAGCCUUUUUUUCUUCUCCCAAUUUUCAGUAGCCAACAGCGUGUGUUCUGAACUUAAUUGUUGCAAUUUGCAAACUAAAGUUAUGUACCUUCCAUCUUGGAGCUGUACCAUGAUACUUUGGUUAAGACAAUUUUAAGACCUAAAUUCCAUUUUAAAAGAUCAAAAUUAAUAGGGACCAUCUUGUAUUUGGCCGUGGGGGCAAUUUUUUCUCAAGG